CCACCCGAGGGAGAGAUGCAGAAAGAUACUCUGAUGCCACCCUCAUCUGCGCCCUCGGCCUCAAACAGUGCCCUCAGUGCAGGCCAGCAGGCCAGUGUGUCAGGAGUCCCUAGCGAGAGUGAGAGUGGUCACCGCGCCUGCCCCAAAGCCUGCAGAAAGCCCAGCAUAUGCGGGGUCAUCCUGGAGGUUAUGGAAGACAAGGGGAGGCGCAGCCGCGUGUCCCUGGCCACCCUGAAGAAGGCGCUCAUCACCACGGGCUACAACAUGACCCGCAACGCCUGGCGCUUCAAGAAAGUGCUCAAGGGGCUGGUAGACAAGGGCGUACUCAAGCAGGUGACCAGCAAGGGGACCUCAGGUUCCUUCUGCAUGAACAAGAAGCAGGUCUCCAAGUUCAAGCUCGAGGCCAAGAGACGGGGGCAGCAGAAGCAGCGCCGGUCUGGGCAGCGCCGUUCUAGGCAGCAAAGGUUUCUCCUGAGCUCCAAACAGGGACACAGGCGGCUAAUCAAGGGAGCUCGCAGGGUGGCCAAAUGCAGCCGCAAUUAG